GCGAACAAGCGACAGCGUAGACUCAGACAAGAGGAAGGGAGAAAGGAUCUCGUUAUUUUUCAAGUAGGCAAAAAUGGCAGGCAGAGGGAAAUCUGUAGAGGGGAAGAAGGCAGUUUCAAGGAGUUCUAAGGCUGGUCUUCAGUUUCCUGUUGGGCGUAUCGCCAGGUUUCUCAAGGCAGGGAAAUAUGCUGAGCGUGUAGGUGCGGGCGCUCCUGUUUAUCUUGCAGUCGUUCUCGAAUAUCUUGCUGCUGAGGUUCUUGAGCUGGCCGGUAACGCUGCAAGGGACAACAAGAAGAUUGAUAAGAAGCUGCAGAAUCUAUCCACUUAUCAGCUCAAUAUUAGUAAAAAUUAUUGUUUGUGUAUUGAACUCAAUGCUGUGGAGAACUUGUUUGAGCCUCGAUACACUUAUCAUACUAUAUUUGUGCUAUAA